GCUACCAGACAAGUUGAUGUGGUCCAAGCAGACGCGCGAAAUCUCCAUCUACACCAGCAAAGACUUCGAAAUUGCAGCAUUAAAAAAAUACCAGAUACAUUUCAGAAAGUAGGUUAGCAAAUACCUCCGAGCAACAAGCAUCUCGUGAUUCUUGUCCAAAAUACACAGUAGUAAAACACGCCCUUUCCUCUGGCUGUGCGGAGACGUGGCGCAGGUGAUGGAGGGUAUGCCAUUGAGCAUGGGUGGAUUGCGGGCGCUACCGUGGUACGUGGCUGGCUCUCAGGUGCUUGGGUUGGCAUGUGUGGUGAUCACAGGUGUAUGGAUGGGACAUUACCGUGGAGGUUAUGCAUGGGAUGGCUCGGCAAAAGAGUUUAAUGUUCACCCUCUCUGUAUGGUCCUUGGUCUGGUCUUCCUCUAUGGAGAUGCGGUUCUGGUAUAUCGGGUGUUUAGAAAUGAGAGUAAGCGUUCAGUGAAAAUUCUCCACGCUCUGCUGCAUAUGAUGGCGCUCAUCAUCAGUAUUGUGGGUCUCGUGGCUGUCUUUGACUUCCAUUCCUCAUUUAAGAUCUCUCACAUGUAUUCUCUGCACAGCUGGUGUGGCAUGCUCACGUUUGUGCUCUUUUUCCUACAGUGGUUACUGGGACUGGGAUUUUUCCUUUUCCCGUGGGCAUCUACUCAGUUGAGGAGCUGGUAUCUUCCCCUCCACGUCUUCUUCGGCCUGCUGCUUCUGGUCAUGUCUGUGGGCUCGUGUCUGCUGGGAAUCACAGAGAAACUGCUCUUCAGUAUCACGUCAACUUACUCAACGUUUGCUCCUGAGGGCAUCCUGGCCAAUGUUUUAGGCUUGUUGCUGGUGUGCUUUGGGGUGGUGGUGGGUUACGUGGUGACCAAAGAAGAUUUUAGGCGACCACCGAAUCCUGAGGAGGAGGCUCUGUCCGUCCAUUUUAAGACCCUGUCGGAAGGAGAAAUCCCCAGUUCUCCUUAACAUCAUAAUGUGCUCCAGCAACUGCCCUUUCUGCUCUUCCUAUCUGUGUCUUAUUAAACAUUUCAGCCAGCUCCUCCAUCGGUAGUCUUCUCUCGCCGGCCUGUUCCACCAUCCAAAGGGUUAGUUCACCCAAAAAUGAACAAUUACUCACUAUUUAAUUCUCAAGUGGCUCCAAACCAAAAAUGGAUGUGAUUGUCCACCAGAUGACUUCCUCAUCUGUUGAACCCGAUGAAGAUAUUUUGAAAGAUGUAAGAAAUCAUUGAAUUCCAUAGUAGGAAUAAACUAAUUCUAUGGAAGUCGGUGGUUACAGGUUUAUAACAUUUUUCAAAAUGUCUUCUUUUGUGGUCAACGUAAUAAUAAUACACGAUGACAUCAUUUUCAGUUUUGGGUGAACUAUCCCUUUAAUGUUAAAGUUGUUCACCGACACACAAAAGUGAUUGAGAACGCUUUACGUGACAUUUUACUGACUGGAAGAACAUUUGCCAACCAAUGGCAUCCUGAUUUUGUGAUGCGAAAGUGAGUUGAAAUGAAGUAAACAAAAAUGCUGUAGAUAAAGAUUACGGGGUAAACUGAACUACCACAUCACUUGGCGAAAGAGAUUUUUUUUGUGUGUGUUUAUUUUGUGUCUCUUAGAUGUCUAAACAUGAAUGGCUCAAGAGAUUUGGGCUGUCAGUGGAAAUCUAAUAGACAAUAGUGCAAAACUAGACUAGUGAUCAAAUAGACAGACUUCAGAUGUGCAUGCAUUCAAUCCUAUCUACUUGAUUGAUCUACUUGGUUUUGGACUAUUGCUAGACAUCUAUUAGAUUUCCAUUGACAGCCCAAAUUUAACCUUGUUUAGACAUCUAUUAGGUUUCUUUAAAUGUAAGUGUGAAAUCAAAAUGUACUUAUUUUAGUUUAAAUAGUUAGCGCACUUUGUUAUUCUUUAGGUGAACAAUGCAUCCGUUCAUAUUAAUCCACUGAAAAAAAUAUUAGUUUUGUUAAUCUCCAAUCAAAGUCUGACCAUUUGCUUCCACAUUUUGAGUGUUGGUCCUUCUCUGAUGAUGUCAGUUUGACUGAUUCAGCAACAAUGCUCUUAAUUACACCCCUCUUACCAUUAGUGUGCUACUAGGGAAUGACGCCCCCUACUCAAUAUUCCAUUUGAUUUUGAGGAAAGUCAACAGACUGAAAGAAAAGUCUCAUCUACUUCUAGUUCAUACAGACUUUAAAACAAAAAUGCUUGCUGGGAUAGUCUGGGCUAAAAAAAAGCAUUUCAGUGGGAUAUUGGAUCAUGGAUUGGAUCAAAUCUUGCAAACAGGUUUUUCAAAAGAAACAGAGGGAGUUUAAGACCAGACCAUGUAAUCAAGUCUUACAUUUGAUUUGGAUCAAACCUGCCCUUUAGGUUAUUCAAAACUUUGAACUCAGAUUGGGAUCUAUUUAAUAAAUAAAAAAUAAAAAACAAGAUUAUCUCGAUCCCAUCAGAAGGGAG